UAACUGGGUAUAAUUACUGUUUCAUAACAAAUAACCUUUCCUAUUUGACUUUGUGUGCCGUACAGUAGGAUGUAGACAGAUUUUACCCUUUAUUGAUGUUCUUUGCAUUUUUCAUUUUAAAUUCAUUUUUUAUUUUCGGAAAUAUAACAAGUUUUCUGUGAAAAUAACAAGGUAGUCACGUCAAAGCAGCCACCACAGCCUCAUUAGGAUGGAACAUUGAUCGGGCUUAAGUCCACGAAAUGCUACACUAAAGGCUGAAAAACAGCAACAUAUUGAUUCUGAUCAAGUUGUUUUACACGUUGCUCCAGUCAAAUGCAGUAUUCACUAGUGCAUAACAAUAGUGUUGUCAUCUGUUCAGAGGUACUCUUUCAGCUAAAUACUCUGCACACUCCCACUGAGGACCAUAUCAUAUGUCAGCACAGCUGCCUGGUGACCAGCUUUGGAUCCCAUUUUCCAAAACACAUUCAACCACAAAAACACACCAACCAUACUUCUCUGUAAGGAAACAAUAUUCUCUUGUGACCAAGGGAACAACAUGAAACAAUGCUACAAACUGAAACAUGGAUACAUUAGGCUGGAGCAGAUGUGACAACCCAAACAGCAAAGCCCUUGUCCUGGUCACCCCCAGCUUGUCACUUAAAAUCUUCUUUCUCAUUCUGGGGCUCCUUGACAAGCACGCACGAUCUUGUUGGAUAUCUACACAAAUGUUGCACUGUAAUUUUUUGUGGACUGAGCCAUGUUUCUAUUCGCAUAUCAUCCUUAUGUGAUCUGAAGACACCCCAACCCCCACUCCACCUAUUCUGAAUAACAGUAGCUAUAAGCUGUCGCAGCUGCAAUAAGAGAAAGUGAUAUGUCAUUUCUGUACCGGUGGUUGUGUUGCGGUUACCCUUGGAUAGUCUCUUCCUCGAAGUGAUGGGAAAUAAAGCAGGAGCUGUCACAGUCAGAUUGGUUUAAAACUGGGACCGGUGUCAGACUGUCUACCCAUAUUGUCACUCGAGCAUUGGGAAUAUAAAGAAAGCCUCUGUUUUGUGCCGUAUGCGGUUGACGUCAAUGCAAAAACUGCAUGAAAGCAGACAUUGUGUUGUUAAGGUGGAACUGGAUCUGCCGGUGAUAGAAGUUAGAAUGCUACUGUUGAAAUAUGGCGCCGUGGGAGAGAAGGGGCAGUCAGGAAAUAUAUAUCAUUAUGACUGUUUUAUUCAUUAAACACAAAUGGCAACAGUUUGGGGUGCUUUUUGACGUGACACGUGCGACCUUAAGGGCCCCCUUUUGUCUGGUUAGAGUCAGGAAGUGCGUUCGAUAAAUUUAUCUUUGCAGGCGAGCAAGGCGGAGUUUUAUGGAGAAGCGCCAGGAUUGGUCGGAAGAACCGGAAUCACCCCCACUUCGGAAAUUAGAAGACCUCACUGUGGAUGAGUUCCUGCUGUCCGGCUUUGACUCUACAGGUGAAGGUGACUCUGAAGAAGAAACCCUCACACAGAAUAGCUUCAAGAAAAAGAACAAAAAGAAAAAUUUAGAUUCCGAGGCAUCCAAAACUGAUGAAAAGAAGAAAGGUAGGGCAUCUGAGCACAAGCAGCAACUGUCCAGGCUAAAGAACAAAGAUCCAGAGUUCUACAAAUUUCUGCAAGAGAACGACCAAACGCUCCUAAAUUUUGAUGACACAGACAGCUCCGAGGAUGAGAAAAAGUACCACAGAUUGCCAUCCAGACUGGAGGAGGCCAGCUCUGAUGAUGAUGAUGAUGAGGAAGGUCAGGACAGUUCAAAGAAGUCCAAAAAGGGAUUGGAGCCCAUCAAAGUCACAGACAAAAUGAUUGAAGACUGGAAAGCUGCUAUGAACAAGGAACCCACACCUCGUCUCUUUAGAGAAGUUACCCAGGCCUUUAAAGCUGCUGUUGCCACAACCAAAGGAGAAAAAGGGGACAUGUGUCGCUAUAAAGUGGCUGACAGUUCAGUGUUCAAUGCUUUAGUCCUUUUCUGCAUCAGAGAUAUUUAUGUGGCCCUGCAGAGGAUGCUCAACCUGAAGCCAGACAAAGAACAGAAAAAGUUGGUACUCCCAUCAUCUAGUUCAAAGUGGCAGAGGAAUCAGAUCGACAUCAAAAUGUAUCUCAGUGGAGUGGUUCAGCUGUUAUCCUGUCUAACAGAGGCUACAGUUGUCAGUGCUGUGCUGCGGCAUGCCAACCAGCUCAUCCCUUAUUACCUUUGUCUACCCAAACAGUGUCGUCACCUGAUUAAGCAACUAAUGAAGCAGUGGAGCACUGGGGAGGAAACGAGUCGAGUUCUUGCCUUCCUGGCCCUCAACAAAAUCUGCAGGCACAAGCAGGAAACACAUCUUAACCCUAUUCUCAAGCAAAUGUACAUUUCCUACGUACAAAACUGCAAGUUCACGUCUCCCAAUGCGUUGCCCAUGAUAAACUUCAUGCAACGAACUCUAACAGAGAUGUACUCCCUGGACACACAGGCCACUUACCAACAUGCCUUCAUCUAUAUCCGACAGCUAGCCAUCCACCUUAGAAACGCCAUGACCAUGAAGAAAAAGGAAACAUAUCAGUCCGUGUAUAAUUGGCAGUUUGUCCACUGUCUGUACCUCUGGUGUCGGGUCCUCAGCACCUUGCACCCCAGCAUUGUUCUCCAGCCUCUCAUCUAUCCACUCUGCCAGAUCAUAAUUGGCACCAUCAAACUGGUGCCCACAGCAAGAUACUACCCUCUGAGGAUGCACUGUUGCAGAACCCUCACCUUGCUCUCUAGCAGUACCAACACAUUUGUGCCUGUCCUGCCUUUCCUCCUGGAGAUCUUCCAGCAAGUGGACUUUAAUAAGAAACAUGGACGAAUGAGCAAGAAACCCAUCAACUUUGCAGUCAUCUUGAAGCUUAGCAAGGUCAACCUAAUAGAGAAAGCCUACAAGGAGGGGUUGAUUGACCAGCUGUAUGACCUGAUACUGGAAUACUUCCACACACAGGCCAGUUCCAUUGGCUUCCCAGAGCUGGCCCUGCCAACCAUCAUUCAGCUGAAAUUGUUCCUGAAGGAAUGCAAAGUGGCCAAUUACUGCAAGCCGGUGCGCCAGCUGCUGGAGAAGGUACAGGAGAACAGCAGCCACAUCACAGCACGGAGACAGAAGGCCGCCUUCGGAGUGGCCGAUGCUGCCGCUGUGGUGGCCUGGGAGAAGCAGGUCCAGGAGGAGGGAACUCCUCUCAGCCGGUACUACAGCCAGUGGAAGAAGCUGAGGGAGAAGGAGAUCCAGCUGGAGAUCUCAGGCAAAGAGAGGAUGGAGGAUCUGGACCUUCCUGAGAUCAAACGGAAGAAGAUUCAAGAGAAGAAGGCUGAAGAUAAGAAGGAGUUCAAGGAUCUGUUCGAGUCUGACAGUGAAUCAGGCGAAGAAGAUACAGGCCUCAAACCCAGAGGUAAAAAUGUCAGCAGUGGGUCUGAUGAUGACGAUGAUGAUCUUGAAGAUCUGUCUGACAUGAGCGACAACGAAGACAUGGAGGAAGGAGACUCAGAUGACGAUGAAGAAGCAGGCGAAAAGGCCUCCAAGGCUCCUCAGCCGCUGUCGUCCUCUGCUCUGAUCAAACUAGCAGAGGGAGACGAGGAUGUGUUGGAGGACCUGGAGCUGUCUGAUGAUGACUGAGGCUCAUGAACACACACCCACUCGAGCUCACCUGAGUGACUUGUGUGCUCUCUACAUUACAGCCUCCUAGCCUUAAAAUAAUGUCAGACUUGUUUGUAUUUUCUUUGCUUUUUAAUGGCGUACAUCAUAUAAUUCACCUGUAUAGAACAUGUUGAUAAUUUUAAGCAUUGAAAUUGGAAAAAAAUAAAAGGUUAAAAUCC